CUUUUACUGGGUAUCUGGUCAGUUGAGUAGAAAACUGUGCUCGCGUUCGUUCAGUUCCGUAGCAUAAAUAGUGUUCGCGUUCGUUUUAGUUUAUUCCAUUUUAGUUCUCGUUUAAUUAAAUUUUAAAAAAUAAAAUGCAGUCGAGCAAUAAUAAUGUGAUGGUGCCAUCGUUGGCUGAUCCGGUUGGCUUUGCGAAGGAUUUCAUCGCCGGAGGUGUAUCUGCAGCUAUUUCCAAGACUUCGGUAGCUCCAAUCGAAAGAGUAAAGUUAUUGUUGCAAGUUCAACAUAUUAACAAACAAAUCCCUCCAGAACAACGAUACAAAGGUAUGGUCGACUGCUUCGUCAGAAUUCCAAAAGAACAAGGAGUAACCGCUUACUGGAGAGGUAACUUCGCCAACGUAAUCCGUUACUUCCCGACUCAAGCUUUGAACUUCGCCUUCAAAGAUAUCUACAAACAAGUCUUCUUGGGAGGAGUUGACAAAAAUAAGCAAUUCUUCAGAUACUUCUUGGGUAACCUCGCUUCAGGAGGAGCUGCCGGUGCUACUUCAUUGUGCUUCGUAUAUCCUUUGGACUUCGCCAGAACCAGGUUGGCGGCUGACGUAGGUAAAGGAAAUGAAAAACGUGAAUUCAAAGGAUUAGGAGACUGUAUCUCUAAAGUCUACAAAGCUGACGGUCUCGGAGGUUUAUACAAAGGAUUCGGUGUAUCGGUGCAAGGUAUCAUUAUCUAUCGUGCUGCCUACUUCGGUUUCUUCGACACCGCCAAGGGAAUGUUACCAGAUCCCAAAAACGCUGGAUUCUUCGUAUCUUGGGGUAUUGCUCAGGUCGUCACCACCGUUGCUGGAAUCGUAUCUUAUCCUUUCGAUACCGUAAGAAGACGUAUGAUGAUGCAAUCCGGUCGUGCAAAAUCAGAAAUCCUCUACAAGAAUACUUUACACUGCUGGGCUGUGAUCGCAAAAACCGAAGGAACUGGUGCUUUCUUCAAAGGUGCCUUCUCCAACGUAUUGAGAGGUACCGGUGGUGCUUUAGUUCUCGUUUUAUACGAUGAACUCAAAAAUUUGUUGUAGACUCAUUCCAUAGAAUAAAUUCUGAACUAGUAGGCCUAAAAUCGAACGCGUACCUAUUUAAUUAGUCAUCGUUAUCUGUCCUUAAAAUCGUGUACAUUUUGCCAUAAGUUAUUAUAUCGUUCCUUGUACAUAAUGUAAUAUAAUAGCUCAAUAUAAAUUCAAUAUUUUUAA